UCGUAGUCGACAGUCGAGUGGAGAUUCUUAUACGCGGUUCUGCAAUGCAUUUCCAGCUUUGGGACAAGUAAAAGUAAUUUCAUAGUGAAAUUGUCAAAUCAAACGGGAAAAUAUCCGAUGCAACAGCUGAAAAUCGAGUUCGAUUGGAAUCUGAUUGGGAUUUUGAAACGAAUGUGUGUGCAAAAAAAGUUGAAGCAAAUCAAGUUCUCCAGUUUAGCUGCGUGUUAAAAACGAGAUGUCCUUACAUUCGAUUUGUGAUGAAUAGUAAUGGUGGUCAACAGAAGAGUGUGAGACUGCGACGAACCAGUUUUAUCUCGAAAACUUAAAAGCAGGUUUUUCAGCAGAACGAAUUGGAUAGCAAAAGCGCUUCAUUCUCUGUUCUUAUUUAGUUCGGAAAGUGAAUGAGUGUAAGGGUAAACCAUCGAUUCCAUUUGAAGAAAGAGUUUUUUCCGUGACAUUUUCGGAAGUUAAUCGAUCCACCUCAGCAGCUUUGGAUAACAUUCAACACAUCGUCAUACUAUCGGAUGGGAGGGCAGAGCGCUAAUUACAAAACAAGUGUUCUCUAAUCCUGCGAAAAAGUACCGGAAUUUUAUUCUUGUUUAGAAAAGGACACGUGAAUAUCUGAUACAUCACAUUGGAUCUCAUCAGAGGAGGCUGCUCGGAACCAUUUUGCCGUAAAAGUUCCAUCAUCAAUUGAAGCUCAGCUAACGUAGAGGGUCUUGUUUUGCACAUAUUGGAAAGCAACAACCAGUCAUCGUUGUUAUCAUCUGAUUUAUCUGUGAUAUAACUACUCGAUUCUUGAGUAACGAGUAUCCUUCUGGGGGAUCUGACUCCGUCCUUUAAGUUGUUUCUAUCUCAUCUUUCUUGCAGGGAAAAGGUGCUUCAUCCCCCUGGCCAACAAACCAAUUGUGAAACUAGUGUUUAGUGAAUUAAUACGACGAGCUAGAGAUAAAGUUUCUCGCCGAAUGCAGAAGAACAAUAUAGUUACAGAAGAGACGAUUACACGAGUGAUGGCUUAACAAAUCUCGGGUGGUAUUGAGAGCGAAAUAAAAAUUAAAGUGCUCACUAGCAAACGGAGAAAAAUUGUGCCAGCAAAUAGUCAUCUUCCAAAUGAGUGACUGAGUUGAAUGUUAGGGAAAAUCAACUACAAUCACAGUUUUCAAUGAAAUAAAAUUAAAUGCAAUAUUAUCUAUAUUUGAAUAAUUUUACGUUUUAAACGCAAUUUGUGCGGGCAGAGCCGAAGCAAAAUUAGUUAAGCGUGAUCAAGCAACGCGAAAUUCAUCCCACGUGAAAAAGCUACACAUGAUGUAACGACACCAAGAAUCUAUAUCUUUUUCAAAAAUUAGAUAAUUUUCACUGCAUGAAAUAAUUUCCUGUGAGAGUUACUAUUCAACGUAUAUGUGAAAAAUAAAAACUGAAUCGACAUGUGUGUAUAAUCAACAAAGCCUAACGUAGAAAAUCUAAAUAAUACGAGCUAACAGUGAACAACUGAGUGUAAUCAACAUUUUGUCUGCUUUUAUCUGUGGUUUAAGCGUAAUCUGAAGAAAGAAAGAGAACUGAUAGAAGCAAGAGGCACACGUGAAUGAUAAUGAAGCCUUUUUUAUAUUGAAAAUGUGACUUUGAAAAUAGUGUGAAAAUUAUCACUGUGUCGUACAAAGCGUUUGUGAAGCUCUGGUAGAAUCUGUGUGGCAUGAUAGUAACAGAACUAAUUAGUUUCUGCUGAGUGAGUUUUUUUUGUCAAAUUGAUAGGGAAGUGUAAAGUGGGCGAGAAAGAAGUGCUUAAACAUGAGAAGCUGAACUGUUCCUAUUACACCAGUUUGAGUGGUUCGAAAACAUUCCAAAAACUUAAAAAAUAUAUAAACGGGUGCAGCUCUUGGGAAAAAUGUAGCGUAACAACCAAGGAGCCAAGCGGAUACACUGCAUGUUUUGCAAUUACUCAAUCCGAUACGAACAAGUCUGAAUACGCUUUAAGAAGAGAAUAAGAAUGCUAGAAAAACAUUAGAUCUAAAUGUGAAUAUGUGUCAGGGUGAAGGAUACAGCAUGAAUCAACCGAUCAUAACAGUAUUGCAAGCAGAACUAUCUGAGUACAAGCGAAAGAAUCUAUUUCGUAACAUCACCAUGGGUGCAAUAACACAUGCGAUCGCCAGUCUCGAGUCGCGUAAACAAGUCAUCGUUUUCAGCAGCAACAAAAACAACAGCCAUAAUGAGAAAAAAGUGAAUAAUAAUAAUUACACUGUGAAUAUGAUAUGUGAUUUUAUUGAUUACCUGAUUAAAUUUAACAAUAACCUUAGUAUAGAAAAAAAUGUUCUACUACAUCGUCAGCAACAAACAACAUAUGACCAAAACUUAGCUGUUAAGAUCGAACUCCAUUCGACCGCAUCCGAUGCACUGAUUGCGGUAAAUGAUACACCAGCAACAAAUACGGUUGCCUCGAACGAUAAACGAAAAUCAUCAGUAUACACUACAUUCGACGAGCUUUUGAGAUUAACUGAACGACAAAGGCAAUUAGAAGCUACAGGAAGAUUUUUUUCGCGUUAUUUGCGUCUCUGCGGUGGAGGUGAAAGUUCGUUGAACAAUGGUACAAGCGCUUGGGGAUCACCGCCCAACAAUGUGAACACUAGCUCUUGGGGUGCUGUUGCUUCGCAACAACAAGGAUGGGGCAAUUCAGCUCCGAAUUCUAAUCAAAGGCCCGAUUUGAAUAAAACUAUGCAGCCACCGCCGGUUAGUAAUGGUGGUUCUCUAGCUUCAAACAACAAUAGCACUAAUAGCUGGAAUCAUAUCGUUAAUCCUAACAAACCACCCCUCCAACAACCACCACCGCCACAACAACAACAACAACCACCACAACAACAACAAAAUCAACAGCCAUCGGGGAAUAAUUCCGGGAGCAAUACGAACCAACAACCGACGUCCCAACAGCAGCAACAACAACAACCACAACACCAGCAGCAACAACAGCUAGCUGCAGCGGGUGGUAAUUCUCAGCUAGUGUCUCAGUCUGGUGUUUCAGCACAAACCUCUUCAUCAAAACUAGAGCAUUUAAAUUCAAUGCGUGAGGCUCUUUUCAGCCAGGAUGGCUGGGGUUGUCAACAUGUCAAUCAGGAUACACAAUGGGACGUUCCAGUUUCGCCAGAACCCGUAAACAAGGAUGCAAGGAUAAACAUUAACAAUGGAACGGAAUUAUGGGAAACGAAUCUACGCAAUGGCGGCCAACCGACGCAGCAACCCACACAGAAAACACCUUGGGGCCCUUCUAGCAAUAUUGGAGGCACAUGGGGAGUAGACGACGAUAGUAACACAGAAACAGGUAGUGUUUGGACAGGCUCAGCAGCAGCUGGCGCUGCACCACCUGUUUCUGGACAACCUAGCUGGAAUCAGAAUAAUAAUUCCAUGUGGCCCCCGAAUGUGGCUAAUGCACCACCGAAAAAGGAACCUGAAUGGACUGGAAAUGUGGGGGUAACACCUGGCAACAACUGGGAGAACCGUGCUACCGCAGCUCCACCACCACCACACAUUCCUGCUCCCCAAAUCGAAAUGAGCAACGUUGAUAUGCGAAGUAUGCGCCCUCCUGGUGCAAUCGAACCUAGCCGCGAGUUCCGUGGGGAUCCGCGUGGUAUUUCGGGACGUUUGAACGGCUCAUCUGGUAUGUGGGAUCAACAUCCUAUGCCCAAUACUCCGCUCAAUAAAAUGCCACCACAGGCACCUAUGUUGAAUGCAACCGGGAAUAAUCAAUGGCCUGUUGGAGGUGGAGGACCACAGAAUGUUCCACCAGCAAAACCACAAACCGGUUGGGAUGAAGCGUCCCCUCCAACCAGUCGUAGAAAUAUGGCUAAUAUGGAUGAUGGAACAACAAUGUGGGGAGCACCCUCAAACCCUCCCCGACCGAAUGGUCCUGAUACGAUGGUACGUAAUUCUAGAAAUCCAAUAGGUGGGAACUCUGGUCCUAUAGGUCCAAGUGGAUUGGGUGGACCACGACUGGGUGGACCUGGUAAUCAAAUGAAAACGGAGAACAUGUGGGGCCAUGGAGGUCCGGUGGCAAGUCGUAAUGGAUCUUGGGAUGAUGGAAAUGGUCCAAACUGGGAAGAUAAAGGACCCGGAUCGUUGGGUGGUGGCGGUGGUGGUAAUGGUCCUGUGUGGAACGACGGACCAGGAAAUCCAUCCACAUGGAACAACAAGAAGCCAAUCAUCGGUGGCAACAACGUGUGGCCAGAGACUUCUGAUUUGAUAGGCGGAGACUGGAGCUCUGGCUUAGGUACCAAUAAGCCAAAUAAGCAUAAUCCACAAGAUAUUAUCCGCAGCAGCAAACAGUUUCGUAUUCUGUAUGAAAUGGGCUUUAAAAAAGAUGACAUUGAGCAAGCGCUUCGAACCGCCAACAUGAGCCUGGAUGAAGCUAUGGAAAUGCUACAGCGCAAUAAUGGAAAUAAUAUGCUCGAUUGGAGACGCCACGAUGAUCAUCCGGGUGGCUUCGAUCCACCCUUCUCCGGUGGACGUUAUCCUAGUGGGGGUAGUACCGGACCAUCCCCACAGUUUCCACAGAACAACCAGAACGGACUGAACAAUAACAUGCCUGGCGGUAUGGGUGGCGGUAAUCCAAACCUACCUGGUUUGAAUAGUCUCAGCAAACCGUUGCAAAGUUACCUGAACCAGGCACCACCGUCAGCCCCAGGACCAUUCAAUCAAGGAGGCCCCAAUAAUGCUGGGAAUGGCGCAGGUGGUGUAUUGGGCGGUAGCGCAGGUGGACAAAACUCCUCAGCUCAGCCAUCCACCCAGCAGUUGCGGAUGCUGGUGCAACAGAUCCAGAUGGCAGUCCAGGCCGGUUAUUUAAAUCACCAGAUUCUCAACCAACCGCUGGCUCCACAAACGUUGUUCCUGUUGAACCAGCUAUUGAACAACAUCAAGCAACUUCAGGUCACACAGAAUAGUUUGCAACGUGGUGGUGCCGGGGCCAACAAUCAAAUGACGUUGAUUCCCAAGAUAAAACAGCAAAUCGCGGGCUUGCAGAAUCAAAUUGCCGCACAGCAGGCUAUUUAUGUCAAGCAACAGCAGCAACAGCAACAAUCAGGCAAUUCUUCGAAUAUUGGACAUCUUGGUAGUAACUUUCAUAGGGAGCCGAACGAUUUGACCACUCUCCAGAACAGUUUAUCCGAGAUGGGCUUAGGAAAGGAGCAAAAUGGUCCUUAUCAUCAUGGUCCUAGCGGUGGAAGCGGCAAUGUAGGAGGACCAAGCAGUCAACAAUCACGUCUUAAUGUGUGGAAGUCUCCAGUAAUGGAAAAAGACAAUGGACACGAUCUUACAGAUUUUUCACGUGCUCCUGGAACGACUGCCAAGUCUACGAUGUCUACUGCAGGAUCUACUAUGAGCAGUUUGGGUGGACUACAGGGAGAUAACACUUGGUCUACCGGACGUGGAGCUAUUGGAGAUGGUUGGCCCGAAGCGACUGGAGAUGCGACUGGAAAAGAUUGGCCUUCAAAUCAAGACACUUACACCGAUUUGGUGCCAGAAUUCGAACCUGGAAAGCCAUGGAAGGGUACCCAGAUGAAGAUUGAGGAAGACCCCACUAUCACACCGGGGAGUAUUGCUCGCAGUCCUAUUGCAUCGAUAUCUAUUGGGACGGCAAAAGAUUCGGAUUUGUUUGCUACAAGUAGCAAACCAUCGCCGAUUGAUUCGAUCGGUCUAUCAUCAUCAACGUGGAGUUUCAAUGCCAAUAAUAAUAACUUCUCUAGUUCAAUUUCCAAACUCGGCGGGAGCAAAAAUACCUGGCCCGACAAUGGUAACUCCGAAUUGUGGGGGACGGGAGUGGGUGCAGGCGCCGGUAAAACUCCUCGUGGACCCCCUCCGGGCUUGUCGGCGGGCAAGAAUGCUGGUGGAUUUGUAUCGAACGGUUGGAAUCAACGCCCUGGAGGACAUGGUGGAAACUGGACAUCUUCUGGAGCUGGAGGCCCAGGAUGGUAUUCGACGUGGGUUCUGCUAAAGAAUCUCACUGCACAAAUCGAAGGUUCAACCCUACGAACGCUGUGCAUGCAACACGGACCGUUACAGAGCUUCCAUCUUUAUUUGAACCACGGAAUUGCUUUAUGCAAGUAUCUUUUCCGUGAGGAGGCUAGCAAGGCUCAACAGGCUCUGAACAAUUGUGUGCUUGGCAACACAACGAUAUGUGCCGAAUCACCAACCGAAAGUGAAGUUCAGACAAUUUUGCAGCAUUUGGGUGUGCCAGGAGCUAGCAACAAUAACAACAAUGUUGGAUCUAGUGGAAUAGGUGGCAUUGGAAAUCAAAAUAACAACACACAACCGUGGCGUUCAGCUGGCUCCCAGCAAUCGAUCGGACGCUCUGCGGUCGACACAUUGGGCUCUGGUUGGCCUUCUUCCGGGGCUAGUGCCAACCCAUGGGCACCGUUGGAUGGAAUAACUGAGCGAGGAACACCGUCUAAUCUGAACUCGUUCCUGCCGGAGAACUUGCUCGGUGGUGAGUUGAAUUGAGUCACAAAGUGAGAAACGUGAGUAAAUCCCAGUCAUUAUUGUGUUUGACAUAUGAGGGAAAAACACACUUUCAUUUAAAUAAAAAAAAGUGUAUCCGUACUAUUGUUAACUGUUGGUAGAAAGUUUGUUAGUGUAGGGAAAAAAACAGACGAUGUAAGAAACACGCAAAUCUUCACUACAAAUGUACAACAUCAGAAGUAGUAUUUGUACUAUAGCGAAUCAGAAGAAAUAUUUUGUACAAUUUUAUUCCUUGCUAUGGGAAAAUUUAGGGGAUUAGUGUAAUGUCCAUCAAUGACGUAGUAAUUAAGUCUUCAUUACCUGACUUUGUUUUUGUUAACAUUUUAUGUUUCAUAUGUAUAUUUAAAUUAUUACCUACUCGUGUGUAUUGAAUCUGUUAUUUGGAAUGCAAGUAGCCGAACGCGCUUCAGUACAGAAACGUAACAAAUCAAAAAAUUAUGAUCAGAUUUUCCACGUUUGUUUAUCACCGUCGCAUUUACUCGCCAAAAAGCGUGAACAUUGUCAAAUAAAGCACAGGGAAUCAAUAACAGCGAUCUCAAAAAGGGGGCCAACCAUUAACCAACCGCAAGGGCCAAACGCAAAAUGUAUAAGCACACCAUUUUCCGUAUGAGUGCGGAAACACGAGUUGUGGUUGUGAUAUUUAGCUGACGGAAUGAAACCAGACAGUAGCACAUGCUUGGGCAACAAUGUUAGCAGUAUUCGUUUGAGCUGUUGAAAACUGAAAUUUUUCCUACAAUUGUCACCAUAUUUCUAAGUUUACGAAUACAUAUCAACUAGACGGGGGAGACGCAUCUCUCAAUUGUACUUGCACACUUUGACAGCACGUUCCAUAAGGACCUAAUCUUAUUAUUAUGUUGUUUUACUUUAGGAAAUGUUCUCCAACAUCUUCAUUAUUUGUUUUGCUGAUUUAUUUUUAAACGUAAAUUGCAUUCCAAUAAACUGUGAGCCUAUACAUGUUUGAUAAUCUAUCAAUCUGUAUAAGGGGAACGACAAACGCAAUGAAGAAACUGCAGAAACAGAAGCAGGUUUGGGGAGGGGAUAAAUUUUGCUUGUUUCUAUACAUUUCAUAUUAUAUUACAUGCUGUGUAGAGGAACUGGCACAAUCUUUGUUAUAUUGAUGUUGUUUGUUAGUUUUAAGUGAUAAAAUGAUCGCUUUCUUCAUCGCAUUCGUCAAUGUAUCGCAUUAUUUUCGUUCUUGACCUGACAAAUAAUUGUGACAGGAGAUAUGUAAUUUUUUUUCAAAAGCAAAGGUAGAUGAUAUUGUAUUCACGUUGUACGAAAUGAAUAUACGCGAUAGUAUACAAACAAUUUUCCUACACAAUGUGUAAUAUUACACGGAAGAAAUGACCUAGAAACAACAGAGGCGCACUUCUGUUUCUUUAAACAGACGUUAGCAGCAGAUUUGGGACGGGUGGGAUGAUUUUAAAUUAUUUUGUUACCAGUAGGGACGGCUAUGUAUAUGGUAAAAAAACUAGCCAACUUAAUCGUAAGGACAAACAAUAUUGCAAUCGAUGAAAGUAUCGAAUCAAAUUUAACAUCCGUACACUUUUCACAAAUAGCUACUUACUAACACUAAUAAUACUGAAGCAAUAUAAUAAUAAACACACAGAACAAAAUUACUAUUAAGCUCUAGUCUGUAAGGAAAUAUGUUAUUUAUUUUUCUAAAGAAAAUUGAAGACAAAAAAAUCAUUGGCCAAACAUGUGAUAUAGCGCUUGGUUGAAAACCAAACACUCAAACAACAGCCUUUAGUGUUUAAAGUAUAUUAGAACAAGUGAAAGUGCAUCAUUGUUUUUGUUCGUUUUUACCCUUCCUCUCUAUACACAUAGAAGUGACUAAUCGAAGCAUUAAUUUUUACAAUUUUUCUCUAUAUAUAUAUUUCAAUUAAAAUGGGUGAGGUACGCGGCUAAGUGUAAACGAAAAAAUAAUAAUUACUAUAAAGAAUGUGAAUCAAAAGUAUAUAUUUUUACUGAACGUAAAACAAGUGAACGUGUAUUAGACUAAGCACAUUUGAAAUAGGGAUUACAUAAGUAUUUAUCAAAAUAGCAUGUAAGAUACCGAUGAAUUUAUCGUUGAGCCAGCGUGAGAUUAACACAUUUGUCUUGCAAGAUACUUGUAACAUAUAUACAACAUAAGCAGUUGAUUCAAUUGGAAAACAUAAACAUUUUAGUACGUAAGGCAACAAAAACAAAUAUUUAUAUACAACAACCACAAUAAAUGGAACUAUUUAAAUCUCCAGACUAUAAGGUAACUUUGUCAGUGUUUUAGCGGUAAGGAUUACUGUGAAAUCGACGUAUAUAACAAAAAGGAGAAAAAUAUGUCACCGAUAAGUACUGAAAACCCAGUAUGAAUUUAACAACCGUUAGCUAAUGAUAUCAACAUGUCGAUAUAGUAAAAGGACAUAAUGCAGCAUUGAAAUACGUCUGCAAAACAUGUACAGCUUCUCUUUGGAACACAUACUAGGCGGAACCUACUUUAUAUGUGAGCAACAAAGAAAAAAAUCAUGACAAUAUUAGGAAAAACACACACUAUUUUAGCAAAUGGAGAGAAUGGUCAGCAAGACGUAGCCUCAAAAAUAUUUUGUCGCCAAACUAAUCAAGAUACAAUCUCUCCACAAUAUACUACAAAAACUGAAACAUGAAACUCUGCGGAACAAGAAUAUAACAACAAUUCAAAAACGAAUGGGAAAUCGAUGAGCGACCAUAUAUUUAAAUUGAAUCACUGAUUGACUGAAUUCAUUACUCUUUUUUAACUUUUCUCUUCUCUGUAGUGUUCGGUGAAAAACGUGAAUUUUUACAUCGGUGGUAGAUAACAAUUAGCAUUCAUGAUAUAAGAGAAAGUAGAUCUGAAACCUGAGCUACCUGAUGACCGCGAUAAAGAGAGGUUAAUCAUUUCCCAUUGAUUUCUCAACGUUUCGAACUAAAACGAAGACUGUGAAUUGGUGGAUCACGUAGCGGAGUGUAGAUGAAACUUCUAAAUUCUAGUCAAUGAUUGCUGGAUAGGACGAUCUAUUCAAACGAAAUGACGUAAACUAUUGCCAUCGCAGACUGCCGUUCAGUACUAUCAAAUAAAUUGGACAUAUGAGCAAUUGGACCGUGACCAAAAAUAAACUCUCACAUUAAGUUGUCCGCAGCUAGAAAAAUAUCACCUUUACGUUAGUUUAGUUUCCACGCAGCGCCGCAGCUGUUGCUCUGUCUCUGACACGUGGUCCAUCCGUUCAUACUCUGUGAUUGAAGAAUAAGUUUGACUAGAAAUUUUUAGAAUUAGAAUUCAACAAUCCAAACUGUUUUCUUUGGGUUUUAUAUCCCCAAUUUUACGACUCACGCUGCAGCACUAUUAAAAAUAAACAUUUCGAACGAGGAGCUACUAGCAGCUACUUUAUUCGUUGAUGAUAAUUGAUAAUUGAUGAUAAAUGGUGCUCUCAAAAUUAAAUAAAAUCAUUAAUAUAGUUAUUACUCAGUACAAGAAAACCUGGAUUACUACUUCUUGUAGAAUAGGAUGUAGGAUGUAAGUAUAAGUAAAUGUAUAGUGAAUGUUCAAAUGCUACAAACUUAUCAUGUUAGUCAUUUGGUAUUAAGUGGAUAGUGAGAAUGCUGCGUGAAACUAAAUGUAUAUUCCAAAUGCUGACCAAAGCGCGUUACAGCAUUAGCAAAGUGUGUGUUAGAAAAUCAAACAUGAAAAGAGAAAUUUUCGGCCAGCAUUGUAUUAAUGUGUCAAACGUUUUGAAGUAAGUAGGUCGUCCAUAUUCUUGGGUCGCUAUCUCGUUCUUUUUUGGUAACCAAAAUUAAAUCCGACCAGUCAUUUCCGAUGAAAUCUAAUCAAUCCACUAGGUAAACUAUUACUCUAGAAACUAAAUGGUGCAGGUACAUUAAACAAGUUAUUUUCCCGUAGUACUACACCACACAUCCUUAUUAGCAGUUCCGCUUAAAACUAUCUCGUGGUUAUAGAUUAUCAUGUUGCUAAAAUAUGUUGUUUACUAGUAAGUGAAUUUUGAAAAGGCAGAUGGUUUUCUAUUGUGUCACAUUUAUUUACCGUGAGAAUGCGCAGAUUUUGUUUACUUCGGCGAUAAGUAUUUAUUGUUAGUGGCAAUCCUAUAAUAUUCUGCUUUGUUAUCCUUGAUUUUACUACUAUAGACCCAAGUGUUUCACUUUCACAGAUUGUUAACGUUUCAAUAUCGAUCGUAGAUAGCCAAUAACGUCAUUUUAUCUUCAAAACUCCACUAGGGUUGUGUCAAACAGAAGUUGUUUAUAUUAGUUUAUUUUGUAUUUUCCUUGUAAAAUUUAUGAUCACGAGUGAGUGGUUACAGUGAACAAUUUGCAUUUUUUUUCGUAGUGUUUGCCAGUGCUUCAGACUUUCUUAGGUCAUGAAUUUCGGUGCAAAGUGGUAGCUUUGACAUGUGACAUGUUAGACUAGAUGGCCAAUUAAAACACAUUUUUAGUAUAUUGAGAUUCAGGAACUUGAACUUCAUACACAGCCAUUCCAUGCCAAACCGAUAUAGUGGUUCUCAGAUUUCCAUGAAAAGUAGUAGUUUUUUUCUUUACCGCAAAAUAUUAGACCCGUAUUUUUUUUUAUUUUUACGUUAGGGUGACCAUUUCCAUUUUAGGGUGGUCCGAAAAUUCAAUUUUUCCACUUUUUUCCAGCAAUGACUUUUUUCAAAAAUUCGUAACUUUCGAACCACUUAAAACCUAUUAAGUUGAUCGACAUAUCAAAUAGAAGCCAAUAAGCUAGCCUCUUAUUAAAACAUAUUUAGCCUGCAAAAAAAAAAGGAUUUUUUUUCGUAAUUAUUGAUUGUAGUCGUUUUUUAUUGUUUUCAUGGCUUUGGACUAGAAGGCGCUACAUUUUUUUAAAUUUUUACUUGAAACAGAAAACAAACAGAAAUCGACAUAACAAAUUGAAGCCAAUAAGCUACCCUUUUAUUAAAAAAUAUUGAAAUUGCAAGUAAAAUUGAUUUUAUUUUCGUAAUUAUUGAUUGUAGUCGUUUUUUAUUGUUUUCAUGGCUUCGGACUAGAGGGCGCUAUAUUUUUUUAUAUUUUUUCUUGAAAGCUGAGGAUUUUUUACAUUACAUUAUAUUAUUUUCGUUUUCGAGAUAUAACUUUUCAAAGUUAACCGAUAGUUCGAAAAAAGAAUUUUUCCCUCUUUUUUCCACUACAAAAAUCAUAACUUUUGAACUACUGAACCGAUUUAGAUGAUUGACAUAUUAAAUUGAAGCCAAUAAGCUAACCUUCUUUGAUUUGAAAUUUAUCGCAAAAGUAAUAUUUUUUCAAAGAACUCAUAACGCUUCAUAAGCUUCAAUUUGAUAUGUUGAUCAUCUGAAUCAGUUCAGUAGUUCAAAAGUUAUGAUUUUUGUAGUGGAAAAAAGAGGGAAAAAUUCCAUGAAAACAAUAAAAAACGACUACAAUCAAUAAUUACGAAAAUAAAAUCAAUUUUACUUGCAAUUUCAAUAUUUUUUAAUAAAAGGGUAGCUUAUUGGCUUCAAUUUGUUAUGUCGACCAUCUAAAUCAGUUCGGUGGUUCGAAAGUUAUGAAUUUAAAAAAAAGUCAUUUUUGGGAAGAAGUCGAAAAAAUUGAUUUUUCGGACCACCCUAAAAUGGAAAUGGAAAAAUCCACCGAACGAAAAAAUAAAAAAUACGGGUCUAAUAUUUUGCGAUAAAGAACAAAAUUAGAACUUUUGACGAAAAUCUGAGAACCACUAUAUCGGUUUGGCAUGGAAUGGCUGUAUAUGAGGAUGAGAGCUUUCAUACUGAGCUGUUACGUAUGAAAAACCUAGGUCAUCGGGGCAUAAUUUUCAGAGCUUAUGCUUGUGUCGUAGUUGCUCUUCGUAAUUGGGCUUCAGUGAACCGCAUCAAAAAAAAAUCAUCAGAACUAUGGGAACUAUGAUAGCAUAUGCGACUUUAAAUCUCUGAAAUGGUUAUGUUUCUGUUUCAUAGCAAUAAAUACUGUAUAAACGCUGUGGAUGCAACAUGUAUUCACCCCGAUUCUGCAUUCCGCCGGAUUUGCAUUUCAUUUGAAAACAUAAUUUCGUUCGAGUUUUAAUUUCGCAUUCCCUAUUUCGAACGUUUUGCCCAUUUGAUGUUCGAAGAGAAGCAGCAACAACUUGAAUAGAAUUUUAUCAAGUCGAUUGAAAUAUUUCGAGUCGACCGAAAUGUAGAAUAGAGGUGAUUGAAUCCUGUUGUUCUUAACCUCAUGUUUUCCAGCGAAUUGGAGGAAUGAAACUAGUAGCGUGAUGCACAACACACGAUCGCAUUGUUAUCGUAGGAUUACGAAACUAUUGCCGGCGAAGACAAACAACAUUUUAAGGAUCUUCAGUUUUCCAUCGAAGAACACAUCACUCACCGCUGAUUAACACUUUCUUCACAUCAGGCUUGAAAUACGUUGUACUUUGACGUCACUUUGAACCCGGAAACAAUGUUCGAAUUCACGAAUGAUUGUUCGGAAAAAAGACACCAAUAAGAGUUUUGUUUAGUUUUCCUAGUUGACCUUUUUCAAGCCUAGAUUCGAACGACCUGAAAAAGUUUGAGGUAAAAAAAAUUUAAUUAUCAUCAUCACCACCAAUUAUUCCGAACACACUUUUUAAUUUACAUAAGCUCUCUUCCGGGAAAAAAGAAUUAAUAAAAAUUAUUUCGCUUUUCAUUAGUUAGGACAUUAUUUUAGAAUCAUCGAAAUUUUGGAAUGAGACUUUAUCAGAAAGUUUCUAUGUCCUUGAAAAGAACCGAUGGGUUUGUGUGGUUUUGUAUAAGCAGUUGAACAAUACACGAUACAUGAAUAAACGAGAUUUGUGUCCUUAUUAUCAAUGCAUGUAGCGCACUCAGUAUGCGUCUCUUUUCCUAGACACAGGCGAUUCUAUAUUUGUUCCGCCGCCCCAGCCAUUAUCUAUCUACUUUUGACAACGCAUAAAAUUAACAAUGCUCACGUGUGAUUCAAUCAUACACAAACAUACUCUACCAAACGGUAUGAAAAACGACGCGGUUCAUCCUAUGUUUUCAUUGAGCCUCCACCGGAUUGAAGAAAACUACACUAUCGAUUCUCCGACUUCGGAGAAAAUCUCCAUGUGUCGGAGUUGGCUGCUCGCUGUCUGAAGCAGGAUUAGAAUUACAUGGGUGACAAAAUUACUUUUACACGCGUUUAGUUAACAUUUCUCUUCUACUUUGCUUUCGCGCGUCAGUGCAAGCUCUGCACUAUGCUUGCUCCGUACACAUUCUGACGGAUUUUACGUUUUGUUCGAAAGUGAUAAUUCGAUCGAGUUCGAGAUUUCCUAUUUCGAUCGUUUUGCUCGUAAGAUGUUCGAAAACAAAACAGCACAAACGAAAGAUGUUUGAAGUGAAAAACACCUCGAACAAAACACGGAAUGGGGUUUGCCGAGUCGAUCGAAAUACAGAAUCGGGGGAAUAUUUGUAAGGCUUUUGCUGCCAGUCGACGACGUGCAUCAACCGCUUACCAAUCACGCAUGAGAUGAUUUUUCAAGCAAGUACCUAUAUUUAUAUGUUUUUGUGAUUUCAAUAGUUUACUUCCAAAGCAGUUUCUGAGCUAUCGAAACACGUUCUUUGAUCAAUUUGGAUCAAUAAACAUCACUCGUACAUAUUUUAUUUAUCGAAUGAUUAUCAUCCUUCAGUCGGCAAAGAUGUCUUAACGCUUACCUUACACCCCGAAUGUAACGCUCUCGUUUCCAAUUUUUUUUAGCUUACACCCCAGAACAGAAAUGAAAGACAAUAGUAUUCCAGGCUCGCAACAAGGCUGUGAAGUGUGUGUUUUGUAAAAAGGCUUGGUAUGCUUCUAAUCAUUGUCCUGCUUUAAAAGAAAGUCCUUCUCCACUCCAGUUUUUGUUACGGAUUUCACUGAUCGAUGUCGAUGGCAUCAGCUGUCAUUAUUCCUUUGAUUCAGACCAAGUCAGCUUCAAACCAUGCAGAGCAGCCCCACAACGUAAUGAUUCCACCACCUUGUGUCACCGUAUGCUGAAGACGUUGAUCUUGUAACACUUGAUCUGGAUUUCUCCGCACACUCAUUCGUCGUUUUCGAUUGAAGUUUUCAAACUUCGACUCGUCAGUCCAGAAAUAAAAAAGAACAUAGUUUGUUUUUGGAUGUUUUACGAUAUGUGAUGUUUUUAUACAAUAAAUAUCUUUGGGAGCGGGGACCGACACUAGUAUUGUGCAAAUACAGUAGAACCUCGAUUUUCCGCGAAAGCGAGUGGCCUAGUAAUUCUACAAACAUUCCCGAAAUUUGCCAUUGAGUGGUAGGGUCUUGCGCUUUUGUUUUGGUCAUGACUUUCACAUUAUCUGAAUAUUGGUGUACACGACCUUACAGAUGGAUAUUGUAAUGCUUUCUGUAUUGAUGAAACAUAGUUCUUAUGCUAAAACAUCUUUUUUUCAUGUUCACACCUCAUUUUUAACCUUUCAUUGCGUUAUCCGCGAUUUUCGUUAUACGCGGUGACCUAGCUCGACUAUUCCGCGGAUAGUCGGGGUUCUACUGUACUCUUGAUGCGGACUGAAUGGAAAGCGCAGCAAGAACAAUCCAGGGCUCAACGUGUUAAAUCAUGGGUGUUAAAUGUAUGGUCCAAUAUAAUUGACAUUAAGGUUGACAUUCGAGACAAUCGGACAUUUUGCACGUAAAGAAUUUAUAAAGAUCCUUUCUUCAAAUUUAAAUGUUCUAAGAAUUCCUUGUAUAAUCUCAUGACCUAUAGAAGUUUGUCGGCAGUGACAAAAACAACAAAAAAUGCAAAUCGUAGGUGCUCUUCCGAACUAGUAGAUACCAUUUGUACUUAAGUUAUCCCAGCAGAACUGUUUUGAGCAUAGCAAAACAACGUCUAGUCCUUUCCCCAUUUUGAUGUGUGGUAUAAAAUUACAACGAAACCUAAAAGCAUCCAUUUUCUGUGUAUGCGAGGAAAAAAAAACAAAUCAAAUGUUGAUACCUCCUGAUUCGUUAAUAAGAGAUACUCUCAAAUUUCUGUAAGUGUAUUUACAAACUAAACAACAUGAGCAUAGCAUAAUACGUACUACAUUGAUUGUUCACAACUCUUAGCACAUAGGUUCCGUAAAGAAAACAAUAUGAAUUUCAGUCACACUACAACGAAUGAUACUACUAAUAAGCAUUACACUGAGCAAAUCAUUAAACUGUUGAUGAAACAAUAUUAAAAACAAACAAAAGCAACAACGCCAACUAUGUAAAAUCAUUUGAAUGAAUCCUGGUACACAACCGGCCUCCCAUAUAUAAUCAAAAAUUGUGGAAAAAAGAUAAACCAAAGAAUUUCCGAUGAAAAUUGAACAAAAAAAACAAUUACAUAUUUUAUAAAUCAAUAUAUCGUGUAUUUGUCGUGCCUAGAACUGGAAAAAAGUAAAUUGCGGGAUAAAUGAAUAGAGCCCUGGCAGCAUCGGUAGAAAGAUGAGAAAUUAAAAAAAAAGUAUACUCACAUAUCACGCCAUUGCAACGUUGAUUUUAGUUUUCAGUAUUUAGCUCUAAUCUAACAUCUAAACGUUUACUCCAAGAUGCAUUUUGUCUUUGAACUUCCUACAUAACCAAAAAUAAAAAGAAAAGAAUGAUGAAUCAUGUAAAUCAUUAUCAUACCGAUUCAAGUCUUCUGUAGAUUUUUUACGACUAUAUUUAUUAAUGUUUUCGUUCGCCUUAAAGUGAAAAAUCGUAAUCCUAGCUAAAAUCAUUUUGAGGGCUUGCGCUGUACACAAUACACGAGAGAGAAAGCUCUUGAAUUCCAAUUUGUAAUAUAUUCUUCGCGGUGGCUGCGAAACGUCCUCGGCUCAUUGAUUAUUCACACAAACUUAGAGUGUAGCAUAGAAACACAAACCCAUACAAAGUUAAGUUAGUUACAAACGCUUAAAGAUGGUCGAAAGAUUCCCGUUUCACACAAACCAAUGGCGAAUAUCUAGAACGAACGUACUUUCUGUGAUCGCACCUUCCUUUGGAUCUAAAUUCGCGGAUUGAAUGCAAGACAAUUUGGAGAAAACAUUACCGCCAUCAGUUCUGGAAGCAAAUCCUACUUAUUUAAAAUAUUUUUUUUUAUCAGCUGAGAGAUGAUAUGUGUUCCCUAACAGUGACGAUAAUUACUAUAAUUGCUUAUCAGCGGGAAGUAUUAAGCACGAAUAACCUUGCCAAAUUGAAGAGGCUGUGACAGUGAUCGAGGAAAAUAAGAAUACAUAAUUCUGUUGCAGUUUGUGAAAAACAACUUAGAAAAACGUUAGAAAAGGCUGACCAGCUGGUUGUUUCUUGUAUAUGUCCUUACACGUUGAAAGUCUCUGAUUCAUUAUCGUGAGCCAGACUCUCAUUGACGAACCAUCACCCAAAAAUGAACCUACUGCAUUUCAUGCAGCACCUUGUUCACGCUGCCUCAGUAUACUGCAGUUCUCAUUUGACGUUAAUUAAAAUUUAAAAAUUUUCUUCUUCGUGCAUGCCCAUAUCGAAAUGGAAGUUGUAUUCGCAACGUAUUCACUGAAACUAAUGAAAACGGCGAGGCGAAAGGUUGUGCAGUAGACUAGCAUGAUUAAAAGUUGCUGGCGCCGGUGGUGUAGUGGCAAGCGUGACUGUUAUGCUUUCCUGUGCCUCUUUCAAUGUUACUUUGUUGGGAGACGGUCUGGGACAAUCCAUUUUGCUGAAAUGAAACGGAUGAAACUUUCAGUUGAAUAGUGUCCUUCCGCAUGCGAAAUGAAACUACAGACAAACCUGUUUUUGUGCGAUCGCUUUUCGUGCAAUUCCUCAUUUGUAACCACAACCACCAUUCUUCCUUUGGAAUGGAAGUAAAGCCGUGGUCCGAGUGACGGACCAGUCAAAAGGUUGAAGGUCGCUAUAAUACAGCUAAAUAAAGAAGGUUUCUUUUCAAGUCUUUUUUCACUUUUUGAUUUUGGUUGUUCACCUCUCAGUCUAUUCAGUCCUCCCCCAAUUGUACUUGGUAUUGUACUAAUGGUCCGAUUAUCCAUUUUCGGACUCUUUAUCACAACUUCAUUUCCCAUACAAGUGGCAUUUAGAAGCGGGUGAUGGCAUCUCUGGUUAAGGGCAUUGUAGCUCGUCUUGGCCGUGUUAGGCAGAAAGUGGUGAAAUCACACAGUCACACAGUCAUGGUUGCCUUCCUGAACUACCUCUCCCGGUUUACGUCACAAACUUUUCUUAUUAGAAUGUUCAAACUUGGGCCAAUCAGUUCACACAAUCUUUCUCCAAUACUGUAUCGGAUUAUUUGCAUUCUUCUGAACAAACUUCAGCCUUUUGGCUUGAUUGGCUUUGAUUAUGAAUGACAACUUCCGAACAAGCUUGCUUUUCAAACUAUAUUUUGCGCCGUAGAACAGGGUGAUCGGUGAUCGUAAGGGUGAUCUUCGGCGUUUUUCUUACUUCCUGCAUGAUUUUGGUAUCCAUUCUUGUAUCCGUUUUUCGUUUCAUGUCUCUAUUGGGGUGAUUCACUCCUGAUCCAAACGUCGAGUACUACAAGCAUCUGUCAAGAUGUGCCCGGUCCUGCAAAAUCUCCUCAUUGGAGCAAUCUAUUUUGGAUUCUUGUUCCUCAAUUGAGCCCUUUUGGUACACGGUACAAGGUACAAGGUGGUAUAUAUAGUCAUGAAAUUGACGCAAAUGCUGCUGAAAUAUGAUGAACGAAUCAUUUCCUGAUAAGUUUAUCAUCUAAUGUUACUUUUUGAAUUGUCAAUUAACCGUAGUUUUUCAAUUCAACAGUACUUAAAGGAUCUUUCUGGGGUUGUGGAACUUCCAUACAGUUGACCUAAAACAGGACCAUACACCCAAACUAGCGUUGACAGAAAACAUUUAAUAUUCGGCAGAAACAUGCUUUUUCGUGUUUGUGUUCAUUUCACCCUUCAGGGAUAGAUAAAAGCACUUUUUUCAAAAGCUUUCAAAUGUUUGUAUGUAUGGGAGCAGACAUCUCUUUCUCUCAGAUUGAACGACAGCUUAGGAUUGUACCCAAAUCCGGCUGGAAUGCAAGGCUGUUUUACACGAAUACGCUAUCCACAUAGCCAUUUGUGCUGUUACAUAAAUGCUUGAUAAUAUUACACCUCAUUGUUGGUGUAAAAGUGUUUUCUAAGAGUAAAAAGGAGAGCAUAAAUGCGAAAAGUUUCAAUGCGUGCUUAUUUGCAGAACGAUAAAUUGGUCAUUAGUUUCCCUUCAGUUGAAUUUCCCGCCCUCCAAGGGCAAGAGAUGAAUGAACUCUCAGAAUUUAAAGUCUCUUCAAUCCAAAUCCAAUCCAAUGUGUCUCUUGUUUCGUUCGCUCAUAUUGCUCUUAUAUUGAUACGGCAUUUAUAUUAUACAAAUGCUGUACUAGUAUGGAGAAGUAUUUCGCAUUUUUCGCAUUUUUUAUUAGCGCACCCUGUCGGUAUCAACACCAUAUAUGAGCGAAAAAUGAUUCGAAAGUGAUCCGUCUAUCGUCGGGUCUUGUCUUACUUUUGUUAAGCAAAUAAUUUGCAAAAUGGUGUCAUAAUUUUAGUCAAAAUCAAAGAUGUGGAAUAAAUUGAAAGGUGUUUGUGUUAGAUGGAUGUUUUUCGUACAGAUUACUUCAUGCACUGUUGGCCACGACUACGUUUUGGUGAUAUCUCAAGUCAAAUGUUGAGUUACUUGUCGAGCAUAUCGGUUGGUAUCUCACCGAUAACACGUGCGCAGUCGUCUUCUAGUGCUUGAAUCGAUGCUGGUUUAUCGGUGUAAACAAGAGAUUUGACAUACCCCCACAAAAAGUAGUCCUGUUGCGUCACUGAUCCAAAAUGAGAGAUGAAUUGCUUAUCAAGUUCAUUGCGCAAUAGGUCCAUCGUUUCAUUUGCUGUCGACCAAAUUGAGCUCGUGUAUUUUGGGCAAUAAAAUGUUGGAAAUCAUUGCACGAUAGCGAUCACCAUUGACAGUAACGUUGUUCUCAUCUUAAAAAUAAAAAAAAAAUGCUCUUAAAAGAGCAUUGAUUUUGAUAAUAAAAUUGAAUGAUUUACAGAUCAUUGAUUUUUUUAAAUUGUUGUUCGUUUGUAAGUAUUUCCAUAAUGAAUCACGAAUCACGCGCCAUCUGUCAAAAACAGUAUGCUGAAGAACGAAUCAACAAAAAAUCAAAAUAUUUUUAUAGGUAGUUUUGUGGGAUUUACUCCAUAAAACAUUUGUUGCUUUUUUCUGUAGCGGAUUACCGUGUGUAAUUU